AAUAGAAAACGGAACAUUUCUAGGAGUGAGAAAAUCGAAAAUUGAAAACAGGGAAAAAAUCUAUGAAAAAAUUUAUUGGUAAUAUCUGCCGAAUAUAAAUUUAAACAAGGAGUGAUAUAUCCAUUAUGAUGCUUUAAUGCACAGUGUAUACAAAUUUCACGCGGCUUGGACUACAGGGAUGCGCAUCGAUUACGAUGAUGCAACGAGACGAUAAGCUUUACCGUGCAUGCAUUGUUAUAACUGUAGAAGUGAUACAGUGACUAUAUUGUUGGCAUUGUCCGGCAUAAGGUCCACCUAACGACAACCGUGAAUAUUUCCUUCCCGUAUGGCUGCGUAUGUUAACCGUACGAUAUCAAUGAUGGCUGGCGACGGGCCCCACAACGUUGCGAUGCUGAACAAUGGGGCGGUCCGCGUGAACAUGUUAAAUGUGGAUUCGCCACUUCAGAUAUUUGUGAGGGCCAAAAAGAAGAUCAAUGAUAUAUUUGUGGAAAUUGAUGAUUAUGUGAAGGAUGCAGUCACUUUUAUGCAUGCUGUUACUGGCGAAAAUGGGAUUGCGACGCCGCAGGACCUCGCAAACGUGGAGGCUUACGUAUCAAAGGUUCAGGCUAUACGCGAAGUACUCAAGCGGGAUCACAUGAAAGUCGCCUUCUUUGGACGAACAAGUAACGGUAAAAGCACGGUUAUAAACGCUAUGUUGCACGACAAAAUACUGCCGAGCGGCAUCGGGCACACCACGAACUGUUUCCUGCAAGUCGAGGGCUCCGACACUGACGAGUCGUUCCUACGGACCGAAGGCUCCGAGGAGAAACUUAACGUACAGUCGGUGAGCCAGCUGGGCCACGCGCUGUGCGCGUCGCGCCUGCAGGAGUGCUCGCUGGUGCACGUGUACUGGCCGCGCGAGCUGUGCGCGCUGCUGCGGGACGACGUCGUGCUGGUGGAUAGCCCCGGCGUCGACGUCACGCCCAACCUGGACGAGUGGAUCGACAAGUACUGCCUCGACGCCGACGUCUUCGUGCUCGUCGCCAACGCAGAGUCCACGCUCAUGGUCACUGAAAAAAACUUCUUUCAUAAAGUUUCGACAAAAAUAUCACAACCGAACAUAUUUAUACUGAAUAACCGAUGGGACGCGUCCGCGUCCGAACCCGAGUAUUUAGAUCAAGUCCGCACACAACACGCGAACCGCUGCGUGGACUUCCUGUCGCGCGAGCUGCGCGUGUGCUCUCCCAAGGAGGCCGAGGAGCGCAUCUUCUUCAUCUCCGCCAAGGAGGCGCUGCUCACGCGCAUGCGAGAGAGGGAGAAGCCAGUCUCGUCACCGAUCCUGGCGGAGGGCCACCAGGUGCGGUACUUCGAGUUCGUGGACUUCGAGCGCAAGUUCGAGGAGUGCAUCAGCAAGUCCGCCGUCAGGACCAAGUUCGCGCAGCACUCGCGACGCGGGAAGAACAUCGCCGCGGAGGUCAUGGCCGCGCUCGAACUCAUAUACAACACAGCGACGGAUCAGAAGGCGUCGAAGGUGGAGAAGCAGCGUAUACUGCACGAGCAGCUGUCGGCCAUCGAGGACCAGCUCACCACCAUCACGCGCCAGAUGAAGGACAAGAUCAACCGCAUGGUGGAGAGCGUCGAACACAAGGUGUCGCUGACGCUGAGCCAGGAGAUCAGGCGCCUGUCCGCGCUCGUGGACGAGCACGAGGGCGCCUUCCGGCCCGAGCGCGCCGCGCUGGACCUGUACAAGCGGGCCCUGCACCGACACGUCGAGCAGGGGCUGGGCGAGAGGCUCAAGAAGCGCCUGUCCGCAGACAUCGGACACGAGAUGGACCAGGCGCAGAAGGAGAUGGCCGACCGCAUGUACAACAUCUUGCCGAUGCACAAGCGCGCGGCGGCGGCCACGUACAUCAUACCGCACCAGCAGCCCUUCGAGGUGUUGUACCGCCUCAACUGCGACAACCUGUGCGCAGACUUCCAGGAGGACCUCUCCUUCCGCUUCUCCUAUGGGAUCACUGCGCUCAUACAACGUUUCCAAGGGAAGAAUACCAACAAAAUCGCGCUCAAAAACCCUCCACAAUAUACUCCGAUCCCGGCCACGGUGAGUCCGCUGGCGCCGGACACGACGGUGUCGCGCGCGGGCGCGGCGGCGCUGGCGGGCGGCGUGGGGCUGUCGCCCGAGGAGUGGGGCAUGCUCAGCAAGUUCGCGCUCGGGGCGCUCACCUCGCAGGGGACCAUGGGCGGCCUGCUGCUGUCCGGCCUGUUACUAAAGACGGUGGGCUGGCGGAUAGUGGCGGUGACGGGCGUGGUGUACGGCGCGCUGUACGCGUACGAGCGCCUGACGUGGACGGCCAAGGCGCAGGAGCGCGUCUUCAAGAAGCAGUACGUGGCGCACGCCAGCAAGAAGCUGCGCCUCAUCGUGGACCUCACCUCCGCCAACUGCAGCCACCAGGUGCAGCAAGAACUAUCAACGAUGUUCGCGCGCCUGUGCCGGCUCAUCGACGAGGCGACGACAGAGAUGGACUCCGAGCUGUGCGAGGUCAAGGAAGCCAUCAAGAUGCUGGACAGCGCCUCCACCUCCGCCAAGAAGCUGCGCAACAAGGCCAACUACCUGUCGCACGAGCUCGAGCUCUUCGACGACGCCUUCCUCAAGCACAACUAAGGAACGUACUUAUUAGUGAAAGGUACAAAAUACGCAAUCGCCAGUCAUCGCCAAUGGGCACAUGGCGCAGCGUGUAGGCAGGCCAGCAGUAAGGAGCGCGGGCGCGGCCGCCGCCAGCCGCUGCGUGUACCGCGUUAUGUUAGUCUUGUUGUUAAGAGGAAUUCGUCUGUUCGGGUCUCGUAUCAAAUUAUACUAGUGAGUGCUCGCGCGGCGGCGACAUGACAGCUGUGUAGUCCCCGACCACCAGCCUCUAGGAAGGUAAACAUGCCCCGUGGCAAUGUAUAGCUAAAUGAUAUACCUCUAUUGUAAAUUAGAGCUUUUGUUGUUGUUUUAAAGUUAUUUAUCAGUUUUUAUGUGUUGUAUCACAAUGAAAUCACGCGUAGACGGUGUACGUCUAAAAACUUGUUAUGGUAUUCAUUUGUUGCAUUGAAUUUAUUUAAGUUUUUACAUGGUUCCUGACAAUUUUUAAUUUUCUUUAAAGUUUACCUUCCCCUAUGUAUGAACUAAACAUCUCGGUGCUACCAAAGGAUGAAAAGAAACAGUAAAAUCUAACAAACAUAAUGUUUGUAAACUAGAUUUGUAUAACAUUGUUAUUAUUAAAAAUUCUACAUGGAGAUCAUCUUAUGAAACAUUUAUUCGUGAGGUUAUGCUGUCUAUAUACGCUUUAACAACCAUUUUUAAAAACUGUUGGCUAUUUAUACUGCGAGUGUAUUACUUAGAUAGUUAUUGGGUUUUAAUUUAUAUUUUUUUAAACCACGACCUCGUGUUAACGUGAUCCUAUCUGAUUAGUUACCAUUAACGACAUUUUCUACAUCGAAACUCCGCAAUAUCGACUAUGCGGCCGCCCUCAAUGUUUUAUGAUCUGUGAUAUUACUCAUUUUCGUUACAAAAUUGUUUGAAUCCAUUGACGCACUGCGCUCAGUGUUUGUUUCACGAAUGGAGCAUUUAUUAUGUGUAUUGGUAACUCAUGUUAAGGCAAGAAAAAUCUAAUAAAAAGUGUAGCAUGGUCAACAUUGCGGAUUAUAUAAUGAAAUUGUUUCAAUAUAAGAAUUAAUUUAUUUAUGAUGUAGUAAUGAAGUGGAGUGUGGUUCUCGGCUGUUAUAUUGUAGGCAAAGCUGUUAUAUUACGCUUUUCUCACUACUUUACUCUUAUAUAGCCAAAGAAAUGACACCAUUCAUAGAUCAUUCAAAUGCCAACUCUAGUAUGAAAUAAUUGUCUCGAUAAUUAUCAUUUUAGUAGAUAAUAGAUACUAGAAUUGAAAUGACUGGCAUGGCAUUUCUUUGACUGUGUAUAACUUUAAUAUUUUUGGCAACUUACAUAAUGUUCUAUAAAAAUAAAAUGGGUUUAACGUCACUAUUACGACGCAUACUUACAAAGUAUAGGGAGGUACACAGCAUACUAAUUAAAUGAACUGGACUUUGGGAGCCAUGCAACCAUUUGAUAUUAGAUAGAUUUUGUUGUCCAUUGUAAUUAGUUAAUGCAUAAUUAGGAGAAUUUUCUUAUGUAAAUAAAACAAAUAAAGGAUUCCUUUAUAA